AAAGCUUUUAACAGUUACACAGCCUGAAAAAAAAAUCACCCCAUUCGUAGUUGAGAAACUGGUGUGUGGACGAGCUUUCAACUGAUCAUCUAACCCAGAGACGCACCAGGACAUCCAUAGCAUGGAGAAACCAUGGAAAUGUGCCGACUGUGGGAAAGGAUUCAUUUCCCCAUCAAAACUGGAAACACAUCGUCGCAGUCACACUGGAGAGAGGCCAUUCACCUGCUCCGUGUGUGGGAAGGGAUUCACUGAUUCAUCCAACCUGCUGACACACCAGCGAGUCCAUGCUGAGGAGAGGCCGUUCAGCUGCACUUACUGUGGAAAGAGGUUCAGGCACUCGGGCGCACUCACUGUACACCAGCGAGUUCACACUGGGGAGAGGCCGUUCGCCUGUUCUGUGUGUGGGAAGGCAUUUAGUCAGUCAACUACCUUGCUGAGACACCAGCAAAUCCACACUGAGGAGAAGCCAUUCAGCUGCCCGGACUGUGGAAAGAGGUUCACACGUUCAGGUACCCUUGUAAUGCACCAGCGAGUUCACACUGGGGAGAGGCCAUUCACCUGCUCUGUGUGUGGGAAGGGAUUCACUCAGUCAUCCCACCUGUUGACACAUCAGCGACUUCACACUGGGGAGAAACCAUUUCCCUGCACUGUGUGUGGGAAGGGAUUUGCUCAGCAAUCCCACCUGCUAACGCACCAGCGAGUUCACACGGGGGAGAGCCAAUCCAUCUGCUCAGUCUGUGGGAAGGGAUUCACUCUGCCAUCCCAGCUAGUGACACACCAGCGAGUUCACACUGGUGAGAGGCCAUUCACCUGCUCCGUGUGUGGGAAGGGAUUCAUUAGUUCAGCUACACUGCUGCGACACCAGCAAGGUCACACUGAGGAGAGGCCCUUCAGUUGUACUGAUUGUGGAAAGAGGUUCAAGCAGUCUGACUACCUCAUUGUACACCAGCGAAUUCAUACUGGGGAGAAACCAUUCACCUGCUCUCAGUGUGGGAAGAGAUUCAUUGAUUCAUCUCGACUGCGGAGACACCAGCGAACUCACAUCGGUGAGAAACCUUGGAAAUGUGACGACUGUGGGAAGGGAUUCAAUUACCCGUCUGACCUGGAAACUCAUUGGCGCAGUCACACCGGAGAAAGGCCAUUCACCUGCGCGAAGUGUGGGCAGGGAUUCACUCGCUCAUAUACCUUGCUGACACACCAGCGAGUUCACACUGGGGAGAGACCGUUCACCUGCACUGAGUGUGGGAAAGAGUUCACUGAGACAUCUCGGUUGCGGAGACACCAGCGAGUUCACACUGGGGAGAGGCCUUUCACCUGCACUGAAUGUGGGAAGGAUUUCACUGAGUCAUCCCACCUGCUGAGACACCAGCGCGUUCACACUGGGGAGAGGCCGUUCACCUGCUCUGAGUGUGGGAAGGAUUUUACUCGAUCAUACAUCCUGCUGAGACACCAGCGGGUUCACACCGGGGAGAGGCCAUUCAUCUGCUCUGUGUGUGGGAAGGGAUUCAGUCAAGCAUCCAACCUGCUGACACACCAGCGAGUUCACCAGUAAAUACAGUAUCUCUCCAUAAAGAUCUCUCUCGUUGAGUGGAUUUUGCCGUUAAUUACAUCUGGGCCUGAACCGUGUUCAAUGAGAUCCAUUUCCGCUGAUGUUAAUAUACAGCUCAGUAAUGGGUGUUAAUACUCUGUAAAUCAAAUAAACUUCCUUUGUCUUGUA